CUCAAACUCCUACCUAAGUAACGUAGGUACUCUAGUCCAGUAGCACUUCUUAAUUUUAAUAUCUGCACCGUUGGGAUACUCAGGAAUUACAUAAAUUUACAUACAGAAAAAAAUGUUUGGUCCUUCUUAUAAAGAUUUUAUCUGAAGCAAAGUCCUAUUUUAUGAAAAAGUGAAGGAAUGGGGAGACUAAAAUUUAACUCGUUCCUUUGGGGAAUAAUCAUUGCUUCAGCUACGUGGAGUAUAUCGUUGUAUUUGUACUGGUUGUUAAAUACGAGUGGUGAGAAUGUUUCAAACCACACUGAGAACAGGUUUCGUUACCAUCUAGCUAAUAUGGAUGAAAAGGAUCGAAUAAAAAACAAUGACAAAUCUAUUGCAGCUUUGGAGGGCAAGAAUUUGUUGUAUGACAACUCAAAAACAAUCAAUGAUCAGUUUGCUGGUAAAAUGUGGAAAUAUCAAAAAGGAAAAUCUGAAUAUCAAAGGAAGAUUAUGCUUCGGGAGAAGUUUGCUAAGCAGCUGAGAGUUAAAUCUCCCGCACAACCAGAUAAGAGCUUGGAAGAUCAAUUUGGCCUAAUUCAUAAUGCAGAAGAUGUCCGGAUCCGUGAAAAGGGAUAUACUAUGCACGCAUUUAACACUUUGAUUUCCCAGAGAAUUGGAAAUAAUAGAGGAGUUCCUGACACCAGAUAUAAAUUGUGUCGUUCACAAAAAUUUCAUCGGAAGUUACCUAAGGCAUCAAUCAUUAUUUGUUUUUACAAUGAACACUUUGAAACACUAAUGCGUUCGGUUCAUUCUAUAUUAGGUCGCACAGACCAACAGAAUCUUAAAGAGAUUAUACUUGUUGAUGAUUAUAGCGACAUAGACGAUCUUCACGAGCGAGUGCAAAAUGCUAUAAAUGAAUUAAAUAAUUCGGUGAAAAAACAAGAAGAGAUGCUAGAAUCAAAUAACAUCGAUGGUGAUAAUAUAAUUGAUGAUUACAUUAACGACGACAAUGUCAAUGGCCUAGGUAAUUUCAAAAAAACAACUGAGUUUUCCAAGGGAAUUUUCAAUAUAAGAUUAUUAAAAACGAAGAAGAGAGAAGGGCUAAUUCGUGCUAGGUUAUUUGGUGCAGAAAAUAGUGUUGGAGAAGUUCUUGUAUUUCUGGAUUCUCACAUAGAAGUGAAUGUAGAUUGGCUUCCUCCACUCUUGGCAAGAUUAUCUGAAGGUGUAGACGGCGUCCAUGUGAGAUUUUCACCGCGUGCAGUCACACCUGUCAUUGAUGUCAUCAAUGCUGAUACUUUUGAAUAUACCGCCAGCCCAUUGGUGAGAGGUGGAUUCAACUGGGGCCUGCAUUUCAAGUGGGAUAACCUGCCUAAAGGAACCUUGAAAAAUGAUGAGGACUUCGUGAAACCAAUAAGGUCCCCGACUAUGGCGGGUGGAUUGUUCGCGAUCUACCGCGAGUAUUUCAAUAACAUUGGUCGGUACGACUCCGGCAUGAACUUGUGGGGUGGCGAAAACUUAGAAAUAUCAUUCCGCAUUUGGAUGUGCGGCGGGAUUCUUGAACUCAUCCCUUGCAGCCGCGUCGGCCACGUCUUCCGUAAACGCAGACCGUACGGUUACGGGGAAAAAGAAGACUCCAUGCUACAUAAUUCGAUGAGGAUGGCUCGCGUUUGGAUGGACGAUUACGUGAAAAAAGUGAUAGAACAAAAUCCAUCAGCAGCCCACGUGUCCAUAGGCGAUAUAUCCGAACGAGUGCAGUUACGCAAUAGCCUGCAUUGCAAGUCAUUCAAAUGGUAUCUCGAUAAUGUAUACCCUGAGAUAGAGUCUGGUGAAGACUCGGCCGCUAAGAAAAAGAUCGCCGCACUAAAUGACCCCGAGAAAAAUAAAUUGCAACCUUGGCAUUCUAGAAAACGCAAUUAUACCGACUCAUUUCAAAUCCGCCUGAAGAAUACGUCAUUAUGUAUCCAAAGCAGUAAGGAUAUUAAAACUAAAAAUACUGGAUUGCUGCUGUCAAGUUGCAUGAGGACUCUAAAUCAGAUGUGGUUCGAAACAGACCGGCACGAGUUGGUUCUUGGUCGAAUAUUGUGUUUGGAUGCAACUAACAGCUUGUCCCCGGUGAUCGGAAAAUGUCAUGAACUUGGCGGGACUCAGGAGUGGAAACAUAAAGGAUCGGCUGGCAGUCCUAUUUACAACACAGCAGCAGGUAUGUGCUUAGGAGUGGAACGGGCGUACCGAAGCGAGCCACUUCUCCUAGUGAUCUGCGACAACCAACCGAGGAAUCAAUGGGACUUCAUCAGGUCUUAAGUAAUACAAAGAUCUCCUUCCUGGCAAAACGGCAAAACGAUUUUCAUAAUAGCAUAAUCUCAGUAGUUUAAUUAUGUUGAUGUUGGUACUAAUUAUUGUUAUUAUGUCGCACGGAACAUUUAAUUACGCACUAAAUGUUACCUAUCAUCUAACUACUGUGUGUGUAUGUGAGCGUACCUUAACAGAGCGUUUCAUUUAUCUGGGAUAGUGCGGAAACAUCUUUAAAAAAAAAGAGAAUAUAUCGCGUUGCUUCUAGCUUUAACAAAAAACUAUUUUUAUAACUUUAAUGAAAUUAAUGAAAUUAGUGAUUCAAAUGACUCAUUUUUACGUUUAAUUGAAAGUCCGACUUUAUUUCACAGUUUCUUUUACAUUAUUCGAUGAUCAUUUUGUGCUACAUUUGUUUUUCAGUGUGGUAUGUUGUUUUCCGGUUUUGCAACGAUAAACAUUUGAACUUGACACCAUAUCCUUUGGUGUAAGUUAUCUACAUAUUGUCCCAGAUUAAACAAAAACUGCAUAUUAUGUUCUGUUUAUUUAAUUUGUUUUCCGCCCAUAGUAUUUUUCUACAUAUAUUUUCUUGUUAUUUUCUUUUAACUUUAAUACGUUUAUUACAAUUCACAUGUUGUUUCUAUUUGUCUUGGUUGUUAGAGUUAAGGUAUUUCAUAGAAAGUGAUUUUAAUUUUCGCUACUAGUCUUCACUCUUCGUAUGAUUGCAAAAUUGGUUGUCUUUUUAAAUAGUAAACUAUUAAAUAAUAUUAAACUAUGCUGUGUCUUAUUUAGGAUGAUAUUUUUGACAGAUCACAGUGGAGUACAGAUACUGUGUAAUCGUUAAUGCGCAUAUUCGAUGAUCGAUUCUACUUUAAUUUAUAGAAUUUUGAAUCUAAUAAUAAUAUUGCGAUAAAAUUGUGUUUAUUGAAUUCGAUUUUGUCUAUUUCAAAACCGAUUUCGAUUGUCUGUGGUUGUUCGUUAUCGCAUUCACUAAAUCGGCGGUAGGUACCCAUCAAUGAAGUAAGAUAUAAUCUGUAAUCUGUAAUCCGGAAAAGAAUAUAUUUCAUGAAUAUAUACUUGUAAUAUAUUUUAACGGCGUGCACCUGCCAAAAUCUUCAUCCUAAAUUAGACAAAGUAUACCCAUUCCGAUCUUAUGAUAUUGAGACAUAUCUAAGGUGAUUUACAGUUCCGAAUUUGAAGUAAUUAACUUUUAUAUUUCAAUUCAAUUGCCACAAUCAAAGGCCUUU